GUACAUAUCGCAGAACUUCCUUCCCUUGGCGGAGAACUCCGUGACCGUCUGGAUAGCCUUGGACGAUGCCGAUGCGGAGACGGGCGUGGUCGAGUACGCUGUGGGCUCUCACCGGUGGCCGGCUGCCAAAGCUUCGGCUGUCGACUCGGCAUUCCAUGGCGCAGAGGACGAGCUCUCUUCAGUGCGCGCGGCAGCGGCCGCCGCGGGGGCGGAGCUGGAGAUCAAGCGCCUCAAGGUGCCCUGCGGAGCGGCCGUCUUCCAUCACCAG